UCAAAGCAUUACUUGAAUCUCGGCAUGUCAAUAAGUGUUCGUGAAAUUGAAAUUCUUGCAAUUGAUGAUUGAUUUUUAUAAUUUCUAAAGAAAGAUUGUUUGCUGCAUUUAAUAUAUUCAGAAAUGCUUUCCGUGUGAACUUUUCCAGAUUAUUCUUCAGUUUCAGUAAAAAUUACUACGCAUAAUAAUUCCUUCAAAAUUAAUAUAUUCAAAAAUACCUAUGAAUUUAAUGAAACAAUGGACAAUAGAAAAGCUCUUAAUGCUACCCAAGAGAUAGUAGCAAAUCAUAUAUAGCAAAGCCGAUUAAAAGUAAACAGUCUUUGAGAAAACUUUAUUUCAUAAAAAAUCUAUUGAUCACCGCGGGAUCCUUCUCCAGAAAUUAAAAAAAGGCUAUUGAAAUAUGACGAAAUAUUUCAUAGCAUUUGUAUUAUUUACUUUUUUGACCUUCGAAAACAGACAUGUGUACAGAAGGCUUCUCGUGAAAUCUCAUCCAAGCACAGAAUUUGUGAGACAACGGCAUCAUGAGAAAAGUAAUGAAUCAAUGCCCUACAUUUUCCAUUCCCAUUUUCAUCAUGGUCAGGUGUCAGAAUAUGAGAUAAACUCAAAUGAAGCAGAAGAGGGCCAUGUAGAGGAUUUAGCGCCACAAAAACCGCUGCAGAUACCCCAUAAUAUGGACAGAAAGAUUCAACAUUUUGCUGGACGCCAAAAGCAUUUGCAUGCUUUACAAAAAGAAAAUCAUUCUACUUAUAAUGAGAGAAACAUGAAAAGUUCACCACGAGUUUGGCGACAAAUCAAAGCCAAUUACAAGAGUAAUGCUCAUGUCUCUGCAGCGUCAAGUAAAGGAAAACCUUGGAUAGAAAAUGGUGAAAUCCCAUUCGACGUUAUUGAUAAUCGAUUGCCGAAUGUAGGGGAGGCAAAACAAGUGGGAGAAGAACGAGAUCCUCGCUGCCCGAAAUGCGAAAGCACUCGCAAAGUUGCUCAUGUAAGCGAAGAAGAACUUACUCAAUUACGUAUUGAAUUUGUGAAGCAGCAAAUCUUAGAAAAACUGCGCCUCAAAGAACGUCCUAAUGUUUCGGCGGUGGGUCUACCGAAACCAAUCUCUGAAGGAGUAACUAUCAACGACGAACAUGGCUCUGUGAUUGAAAAAGAAUUCGAUGAUUAUUAUGCUAGAACCAGUAAAAAAUUUAUUUUUCUACAAGUUGAAAAACGUGAAUGUAGUAAGUUCGGCUCGCAACUUUCCAUAUGCUUCUCAUUCAAGAUAGACGAUGCUGAUGCUGAUAGCUACGAUGUUAGCACCGCAGUUUUGUGGCUUUUUAAAAGCCAUCGCCAAAAAAAUACGAAACGACAGGAGAAUUUAUUGAAUCAAAUGAUCAUCGAGGUGUCAGAGGUACAACAACAAAAAUUAAAAUCAAAAUUUUUACCAGUAAUCAAAACCAUAGCUAUACAACCGGUCAAUGUGCACGAUGAAUGGUUAAAAAUUGAUAUUGAGUGGCCAAUUAAGCGUUGGUUUGGUAAUCACGACCUUAGCCACCUAAUACAAAUUACAUGUCAGCUUUGCGACAUUGGAUCCAUGGAACAAAUGAUAUCAACCAAUAAGGCUUACCGUCCGUUCAUUAUAGUCGAUACCCAGAACAGACGACAUCUAGUGCGACCAAAGCGCAGCAUAAAUUGCACAGAUGGCGUGACUGAGUGUUGUCGUGAAAAACUUUUCAUAAACUUUGAUGAUAUCGGCUGGGGUGAUUGGAUUAUACACCCGCGUGGUUAUGAUGCUUAUUUCUGCCGUGGCUCUUGUAAUUCUGUAGCGAGUGUGACCAUGGCCACAUCUCAGCACAGCUCAACUCUUCAAAAGUUACUCAGCCGAUCAGGCAAUAGGCGUAAACAUCUUGAACUAGUGCCAUGCUGCACGGCCAAGCAAUACUCUUCAUUGCAAUUAAUGUUCAUGGACAGUAACAACACAGCCACGCAAAAAACAUUCCCGAAUAUGGUUGUGGAGUCGUGUGGUUGUAGAUAGCAACAAAGUUUCAAAAUUUCUUAGUUCCUAAGUUCAUAUUUCAUUCUGUGUAUAAUUCAUGUUGUAGUUGCCGUAACGUUUGGAGAUCUACUGCCGUAAUAUUUUUAAGGUCUUCCGAAAUAUUUAUGUACGUAAGUUAAUUUACAUCACGUAAUUUAUUUUUAAUUAGUUUUAUAAGAAGGUUUAAAAAUAGAUCUAUCUGAAUGAUAUAUUAGUGUAGACCAACUCAAAUCAAAGCUAUCAUGUUUUAGAUGUAUCAUGCGAAGAAGUUAGCUAUAAUAAUAAAACGGUGCGAUAUUAUCAGGCGUUCUUAUCUACUAUUUAUUAUGCAAAAAGGAACAUAAAAAUUCAACUGCAACAUUUUUAAAUGAUUAAUCCGGAGCCUAGCCAUCAUCUACUUUUUGAGCUUUUUGAGGCGACGAAUGAUGGUUGAAUGAUCCACAUUGAAGUGGUCGGCCAGCAUUCGAGUUGUCAAGCUUUCGUCGCCUUCUACGGGUGCCAAAAGUCCAUGAUUGUCGAAAUCCGAUGGUUGACCUCUUCCUGGCUAAUCUUCGAAAUUAGUAUCACCAGAAUUGCAACGGGCAAACCAUUCCUUGCGUCAACCUUUGCUGAUUAUGCUCUAGCCGCAAAGGUCGUUGAGAUCACGGAAUGAUUGAUACUUUGUACUUUUUCUCAACGUGAUGCAACGUAAUAUGAUGAAUGUGUAUGCGAUUAUCGACACGCGUUUUCAUGACGUUAAAGUAGAUGGAUCUUUUCAUUCAUAAAUUUAUAAAAUAUUGCAUAUUUUUAUUAAAAUAUAGCACGUCAACAAAACGCCUACUAAUUAUGCACCAAUCUAUAAUUAAGCUUUGCACUGUCAAGCGCCGUAAUAAAUAAUAAUUUUAAAAUUUCUUAAAAUGUUAUUAAUAUAUUAUUAAUUUAAUAACUUCUUAAAUAAGUUAACAUUGCGGUGAUUUUUUAUCCACAAAUGGGCAUAUAAUUUUGCAUUGCUAGGAAUGUAACAACAACUAAAAUAUUAGAGAAACGUUGUGAAGAGGCAAAGCCGUCCCAUCGUUUUGCUCUCACUUAUCUUUCGUUCGGGUAGGAAGUAGUAGAACUAAGCCAUAGUAGGUAGCAGUAAGUUAAGAUUAAGACAGUGACUUGGCGGCAUGAUAAGAGCAUCUCAACUGAACACUGUCAUUAUCAGUUGAGAUCCGGCAAGGAUAGAAAAUAUCAACUUUUUUCUAGAAGUCAAAAGGAUAGUUUCAGUUUCGAAUAGCUUUUUGCUUCUCUUUUUAUUUAGAGCAGUGGAACAGAAUAGUCGACUGUUAUUUAGAAUAAAUUUUCAAAAACGACGUAAUCGGGCAGUGGACCGUUUAUUGAAAAAUUGAAGGAACAAAGUUCAAUUAAAAAUUGUGCCCUUUAUUUUAUUGUAUCCAAAUAAACGGUAAGUUUCAAGAAUCCUAUGGGGAAUGUUCUCGGAGAUAAUAUGGGAAGCACAAUUGUCAAAUUGGACUAGCUCGAUGUGACCAUUCACUCGAAUUUUCAGGCUCUCACUAGUUUGGAUUAAGAUAUAACGAGUUAAGAUUGGCGUAUCUAUUAUGGCUUCGGCUGGCUCAAAGAGAUUCCAGACGGGUGUUUUGGAGGUUUGAUUCAACACAUUUUGGUUUAAAAAUAUUUUACAACUAUAACAGAAUGUACGCCUGUUCGCUAUGCAGUCUUCGAAAGGAUGACUGGCGAACAAUUUCAAUAGAUGCUUUCUACGAACUGGCAGGAGAUACAGCCUGGCAAUUGUACGACAUAAAUACAUUGAGCUUAUGGCGUUGUAUCUUUAUUGUUACCCGAGAAUAACGUCGAAACAAACACUCACUACGUGGAAUAUUUCGCAACCGGCCGUGAUUUAUUUAUUUUAAGAAAAGUUAAAUAUUCCCUUAACGAAAUUUAUUAAUUGCUUUCUAUUUCAUUUUUACUAAUCAGAUCAAGCAUACUAAACUUUUACAUUCUCUAAAUAUUUUUUACAAGGUUGCAAUCAAAAUUACAAGUAAAAUAUUACUAAUCCCAACAGAUUGGCAAGCGGGACAUUCUUGAUUCUUAUUCAGGUAUAUUUCAAUGUAUUCCUUCUGGAACACAUUAUUGCGUGGGGUGACAAAUAAUUUCUCAAGAUCAUACUCUGUCAAUCAAUUAUUGGGCAAAUCUGAUUGGGAAGAGCUGUUUCCGUG